AGGUGUAUGUGAAUAGGGAUAGGGUUGAGAAGAAGGACAAAGAUGAUCGUAUGCAUAAGAAGACGGAGUUGUUGGCGUUGGCCUUACAGGGAGGCAGAACAGGAUUGGGGCCAAAUCAAUGUGCCCAUUGCGGAUCUGAAGGUCAUUGGCAGAGAGAAUGUCCGAAAAGGUUGACUAUUAGGGGACGUGGAGUGUUCAGGGGCCCGCCCGGGCGACGCCCGUGGGGCCAGAAUAUGGGAGGUCGUGGAAUGCCUGGGCGAGGGAUGAUGAGCCGAGGAGGGCCACCCCGACAUCCAGGGCGCGGAUGGGGGUCGCAACCGGCACAGGGUCAAGGAGGAAGAGGUGUGAAUACUCAACUAAAUGCAGGAGUAGAGGGUAUUGGAUUGGCCGGAAUCGGUUGGUCAGAUUGAUGGGGACCUGGCUUGGAGCAGACUCCCCCCGAGCCAAUGGUUACGUUGAAUAUUGGGGGUCAACAGACUACCUUUUUAGUAGACACAGGGGCUGGACGAUCGGUAAUAAAUAACCCAAUAACCACCCCUGGCCCAUACCAAAUUCAAGUACAAGGAGUGUCUGGACAAAUUGUAGGACGUCAAGUCUUGAAACCAGUCACCUGUACUUUCAAGGGCUCUGAAAUUCAACAUGAGUUCCUGUAUAUACCCGAAUGUCCGGUCCCGUUGUUGGGUAGGGAUCUGUUAAGUAAGUUAGGAGCAACUAUUUCCUUUGAUGAGGGAAAGCAGUAUCUCACUGUUAGCCACCGUCCUGAUGAAAUGUGGAGGUUGAUGGUAGUCAGGACAUCUGAGGAGGAAUGUACGGACAUAUGGAGGGAAUUUGAUGUGCCAGGAUUAUGGGCUGAGGAUAACCCUCCGGGGUUUGCAGCACAUCACCCCCCUAUUAUUGUGGAAUUGAAGCCCCUGGCAACUCCUGUUCACAUUGGGCAGCAACGACCCUAUUGGAGGGAAGCCAUCCUAGCUAUAUACGACUGUAUCCUAACAUACUUAGAUGCUGGAGUAUUGGUCCCUAUCCAAUCCCCAUGGAACACCCCAAUUCUGCCUAUCCUAAAAUCAGACGGGUCUUUCAGACCAGUGCAAGAUUUGCGCGUGGUUAAUGAAAGGACAGUCACAAUUCACCCAUCUGUGUCUAAUCCAUAUACUCUACUCAGUCUCAUCCCACCUAAUGCUACAUGGUUUUCAGUGAUUGAUUUAAAGGAUGCCUUCUUUACUAUACCUAUCCAUCCUGUUAGCCAGCCAUUGUUUGCUUUUGAAUGGGAAAAUCCGUAUACUGGAACCAGGAGCCAAUAUACCUGGACAAGGUUACCUCAGGGGUUCAAAAAUUCCCCAACUCUCUUCGGAACCGCGUUGGCCAAGGAUUUACAAUAUUUUAUCCCCUUCCAACAAGGAGAUUCGGUUUUACAAUAUGUGGAUGAUGUGCUGGUUACUGGACAGUCACGGGAUGGUUGUUGGGAAAAUACAAGACGUAUGUUGUGUUUACUGUUAGAUUGUGGAUAUCGGGCAUCCAGAAGUAAGGCUCAGUUAGUCCAACAAAAAGUCCGCUAUUUAGGCUAUGAUAUAACGCAAGGGCAAAGAGCACUAGGCCCGGAGAGAAAGCAAGCGUUGCUUAAUCUGGCAAGGCCAACCGAUAGGAGACAAUUGAGAGGUUUUCUAGGCUUGGCAGGUUUUUGUAGGAUUUGGAUUCCAAAUUACGCCCUAAUGGCAGCUCCACUGUAUUCGUCUACCAAGGGAAGUAAAACGGACCCCUUUAUUUGGACGAAGGAGCAGGAUCAAGCCUUUGAUGCAAUCAAAGAAGCUCUGUUAAGAGCUCCAGCCUUAGCCCUGCCAAAUCUGAGUAAGCCCUUCAAUUUGUAUGUAGAUACACGUAAGAAUGUUGCUUUAGGAGUAUUGACUCAGCAGCUCGGCCAGUGGCAACAACCAGUUGCAUAUCUGUCAAAACAGCUAGAUGCUGUGGCGCAAGGGUGGCCGCAUUGUUUGAAAGCUUUGGCUGCCAUUGCGGAAUUGCUGCAAGAUUGUAAUAAGCUCACUUUUUCCUGUCCAAUUAAGGUCCACACCCCACACUCUGUUCAAGCAAUUCUUGAUCAGAAGGGCCAUUUGUGGAUUAGUAACCAACGAAUCAUCAAAUACCAGGCCAUGAUGAUUGAAAACCCCCAGGUUCAUCUAGUGGUAUCUACCUCAUUAAAUCCUGCUACUCUCUUGCCUACAGAGACAGAGGUGGAACAUGAUUGUGUACAGGUAUUGGAAACCGUGUACUCCACACGACCUGAUUUAACUGACAUACCUUUGCCUCAGGUGGAUUAUAACUGGUAUACCGAUGGGUCGAGUUACAUCCACCAAGGAAUGAGAGUUGCAGGCUAUGCCAUUGUUGAUGAUAAGGGGGUAAUUGAAAGUGGGCCGUUAGGGGCCGGAAAAAGUGCACAGGUGGCAGAAUUAUGGGCCCUCAUUCGGGCAUUGGAACGAGCUGAAGGUGAACGCUUGAAUGUAUGGACAGAUAGUAAAUAUGCCUUUUUGACUUUGCAUGCUCAUGGGGCGGUGUACAAGGAAAGGGGCUUUAGGGAUUCAGCUGGCAAAUAUAUACAACAUAGCCAUUUAAUUCAGAGAUUGAUAGAUGCAGUUCAAAAACCAAAAAGGGUGGCAGUUAUGCAUUGUAGAGGUCAUCAACGGGGUGAUGAUAGAAUUGUUGUAGGGAACAGGACAGCAGACGCUGAAGCACGAGCUGCAGCAUUGCGUCAUGAGCCUCUACCAGACAUGUAUAUUAAUGUUGCCUUGGAUUUAGGGGUUAUACCAGUAGACAUCCAACCCUCCUAUUCUUUAUCUGAAUGUGAGAAGGCAGUCAACGAUUUGAUGGCGGUCAUCGAUAAAGGCUGGUAUAUUCUUCCGGAUGGAAGAAUAUAUGUGCCUUCUACAGUGGCAUGGCAAUUGGUUCGUUCCACUCAUGAAACCACUCAUAUGGGGAAAACGGCUUUAGAAUCUGCUCUUAUGAGGGAUUACUAUAUAGAUGGGUUAGCAGGGAUGGCAGUAAAAGUAGCAUCUUCCUGUGAAACGUGUGCGAGAGUCAAUCCUAGGCAAGGUCCUUCCCUUCCACCAGGAACUAUACCUAUUGCCUAUUAUCCUAUGGACACAGUCAUGAUAGAUUUUACUGAUAUGCCACGGAGUGGAUUUUAUAGGGCUAUGUUAGUUAUUGUGGAUUUAUAUACGGGAUGGCCAGAGGCGUUCCCUACUAGAACGAAAAAGGCUCAGGAAGUAGCAAAGGUUUUACUCAAGGAGAUCAUUCCUCGAUUUGGCAACCCCUCCUUUAUUUCAUCAGACAAUGGCCCGGAGUUUGUCCAUCAUAUUAAUCGGGCCAUUGCACAAGCUAUAGGGGUGAAAUGGCGCUUCCAUUCUUCCUUCCACCCACAAUCUGGUUCUCCAGUGGAAAGGAUGAAUAGAACUUUAAAGGAAAAGAUAACCAAAAUUUGUGCGGAAACACACUUAAAGUGGCCCGAUGCUUUGCCCCUUGCAUUGUAUGCGAUUAGGAGUGCUCCCAGACGACAACAUAGACUCUCCCCAUAUGAGUUAAUGUUUGGUCGGCCUCCAACGUUAUUACGGCGUAAUUUGGCUGGAUGGCCUGAUUUGGGGCAUAAGGGGGGAGUUUGGGCCAUGGAAAUGGUGCAGGAACUAAAUAAGCAGGUUGAAAAGCUGAGGGAUUAUGUGUUGGAGCAGACCCCUCCCAGGUUGGUAACUAAGUGUCAUUCUUUUAAGCCAGGGGACCGGGUAUGGGUAAAACAUUGGAAAAAGGAACAAUUAGAAGGGAGGUGGAAGGGACCUUAUGAGGUAAUUAUGACAUCUCCACUUGCUGUUAAGAUUGCGGAAUCUAAAACCUGGAUACAUUGGACUCGUGUAAAGAAGGCCGCUGACAAACAAUGGACCACACAUCCCAGCGACCAACCGUUGAAGUUGAAAUUGAUUCGUCGAUAAAGUCCAAUUAU